GCGCGAAGCCCGAGCGUGCGAGCUCUGCACUGCAGGGGCGUCUCUCGCUGUAGCCGGGUCUCUUUCCUGAAACGCUUGUGAGCUGAGGACCAUGAACCGCAGCCGCCAGGUGACGUGCGUGGCGUGGGUCCGCUGCGGCGUGGCCAAGGAGACACCCGACAAGGUAGAACUAAGUAAAGAUGAAGUAAAGCGUCUCAUUGCUGAAGCAAAGGAAAAAUUACAGGAAGAAGGUGGCAGUGAGGAAGAGGAGGCAGGCCAUCCUUCAGAAGAUGGCAUGCAGAGUGCCCGCACCCAGGCCCGACCAAGAGAGGUCCUGGAGGAUGGUGACCCUGAGGAUGACCGCACACUAGAUGAUGAUGAGCUGGCUGAGUAUGACUUAGACAGAUAUGAUGAGGAUGACGACCCAGAUGCUGAGACUCUUGGUGAAUCUCUCUUGGGUCUUACAGUCUAUGGGAGUAAUGAUCAAGAUCCUUACGUUACCCUUAAAGAUACGGAACAAUACGAACGUGAAGAUUUCUUGAUUAAGCCCACUGACAAUCUCAUUGUUUGUGGCCGAGCUGAACAGGAGCAGUGCAAUUUAGAAGUUCAUGUUUAUAAUCAAGAAGAAGACUCUUUUUACGUACACCAUGACAUCCUCUUGUCUGCCUAUCCUCUGAGUGUGGAGUGGCUGAAUUUUGAUCCCAGCCCAGAUGAUUCUACUGGAAAUUAUAUUGCUGUGGGAAACAUGACACCUGUUAUUGAGGUGUGGGACCUUGAUAUAGUAGACUCUUUAGAGCCAGUCUUCACUCUUGGAAGUAAGCUUUCAAAAAAGAAGAAGAAGAAGGGAAAGAAGAGUUCCUCAGCAGAAGGACACACUGAUGCUGUGCUUGACCUUUCAUGGAAUAAGCUAAUCAGAAAUGUGCUGGCAAGUGCAUCAGCUGACAGCACUGUGGUUCUGUGGGAUAUGUCCGUGGGGAAACCGGCAGCUAGCCUUGCCGUACACACAGACAAGGUCCAGACUCUGCAGUUUCAUCCAUUUGAAGCACAGACACUGAUUUCUGGAUCAUAUGAUAAGUCGGUGGCUCUGUACGACUGCCGGAGUCCAGAUGAAAGCUGUCGCAUGUGGCGAUUCAGUGGACAGAUCGAAAGGGUGACUUGGAACCACUUUUCACCUUGCCAUUUUCUGGCCAGUACAGAUGAUGGCUUUGUAUAUAAUUUGGAUGCACGUUCAGAUAAGCCAGUUUUUACCCUUAAUGCACACAAUGAUGAGAUCUCUGGUCUUGAUCUGAGCAGUCAAAUCAAGGGCUGUCUCGUGACUGCUUCAGCAGACAAAUAUGUGAAGAUCUGGGACAUCCUGGGAGACAGACCAAGUCUCGUGCACUCCAGAGACAUGAAAAUGGGAGUUCUCUUUUGUUCUUCAUGUUGCCCUGAUUUGCCAUUUAUUUAUGCCUUUGGAGGUCAGAAAGAAGGACUUAGGGUGUGGGACAUAAGCACCAUCUCCUCAGUAAAUGAAGCAUUUGGAAGACGAGAGAGGCUUGUUCUCAGCAGUUCAAGAAGCCCAUCUGUUAGUGGCCCUUUUGGGAGCAGGACCUCUCACACACCAAUGGAAACUCAGUGAGCCGCAGGAUUUCCUGGCUUGAUUACUUUACCUUGGAGUUUUAAAAAGCUGGCCUAAAAAUGUUCCAUGUAUAGAUACAACCAAGCAGAGGGAUGGAAACAAGUUUAUUUCCUACUGCCUGACAUUCCUCUUUGCAGCUGUAGUGGCAAUACAGAGCAGGUCUUUGUGCUUGCCUUCAACUGAGUGAUACAUAGAGUUCUUGCUGCAUUUCUUGAAAAUAAUAAUAAUAAAAGGUUUAAGAAAAAUAAAAAACUUAAUUCCUUAAAUAUGCCAUCUGUCACAGGAACUCUAGUUUUGUAAAAAUAUGUAGUAACUUAGACAGAAAGAAAAUGAGACAAGGUCUGUGUUGCCCAGGCUGGCUUUGAACUCCUGGGCUUAAGUUCUCCUCUUAUCUUGGCUUGCUGAGUAGCUGAAGUAUGGGCACAUGACACCACACUUGGCUUUAGAAUUUUAAGAGGGAAAACCUUGUGAUCUUAGAAAAUGUCUAAGCCUAGGCCUAGAAAGGUAGUGAUUUAGCUAAAAUUACACAGGCAGCCACAAACAGGCAGAAGCCCCAGAGACUUCACUUUGCUGACAGUUCUGAAAUUAAUGCUCAUGAUUUUAAAAUGUUCUUAGUACUUUAGAGUUUGGUAAGUAACUUGAAAGUGGCAUGCCUUUUUUUUUUUUUAAAUAGUAUGGUCAAAGAAA